UACUGGAGUGAUAAAAACCAAUACAACACUCUUGGCGGGAGGACUGGGUUUGACAAACAAGAGACCAAGUUACCGACCUAUUCGAACACACCUUUCUCCAAGAUCUGUCUCGGUAUGAAGAUAAGUGGACAGCUCAGGUUUAUUGUCAUUAACAAGCAGGCCAACUCUCUGUACUCUCUGAUUGCUGAUGGGAGAUACCGCGCUACUUCACUAGGUCGUAACGAGUGGAAGAAGUUGAUUGGUGCGGAGGGCUCUUUGCAACUGCGCUGUAACAAGGAGGGCUUCAAUGCUGUAAGUACCGUAAGUGAUCAUUCUAAAGCAAGAGUUGGUUAUAUAGCUAACGAUGCAAACGAUUGUGGCUCUUGUGACUCCAGAAUUGGGUUUGGUACCGGAGGACGUCCUGAUAACUCCAAUACGUGUGGAAACGUAGUAGCGCAUUCCCCAGAUAACGGUGACAGAAAUAUUAAAGCUAUGGGAUAUAUUUUGGUGCAGUAAACUCUUUCAAUCCAUGUAUGACCUUAGAAAACUCACGAAGAAUGGGGG